ACCCUAACAUUGAGAAGAGGCUAUUUAAAUACAAUUAGGGUUUAACUUGUCUUCUUCUAUCACAGCUUAACCAGUCGGUCGGAGCUAAAACGAGAUAAGUCGUCGUCUGGAUCAUCGGAGCUACGCUUUCAAACUCCAACCAUGGCGAGAGGUUUAAAGAAGCAUUUGAAGAGGCUCAAUGCCCCUACCAUUUGGGGUCUUGACAAACUUGGCGGUGCUUUUGCCCCCAAGCCAUCUUCCGGACCACAUAAGUCGAGGGAGUGUCUUCCCCUCGUUCUUAUCAUCAGGAACAAGUUGAAGUACGCUCUCACUUACCGUGAAGUGAUCGCCAUCUUGAUGCAAAGGCAUAUCCAGGUCGAUGGGAAAGUCAGGACCGACAAGACCUACCCUGCUGGUUUCAUGGACGUUGUCUCCAUCCCUAAGACCAACGAGUGCUUCCGUCUUCUCUAUGAUACCAAGGGUCGUUUCCGUCUUCACUCCAUCAAGGAUGAGGAAGCCAAGUUUAAGCUUUGCAAGGUUAGGACUAUCUCCUUCGGACAGAAGGGAAUCCCUUACCUGAACACAUACGAUGGUCGCACCAUUCGUUACCCUGACCCGCUCAUCAAGCCUAACGACACCAUCAAGCUCGAUCUUGAGGAGAACAAGGUUGUCGAGUUCAUCAAGUUCGAUGUCGGCAAUGUUGUGAUGGUGACUGGAGGAAGAAACAGAGGGCGUGUGGGUGUGAUUAAGAACCGUGAGAAGCAUAAGGGAAGCUUUGAGACGAUCCACAUCCAGGACGCGACAGGGCAUGAGUUUGCGACAAGGUUGGGGAAUGUCUUCACUCUAGGGAAAGGGACAAAGCCGUGGGUGUCUCUUCCUAAGGGUAAGGGUAUUAAGCUUACCAUCAUUGAGGAAGCCAGGAAGAGGCUUGCUGCACAAUAAGCUGCUUGAUUUUGUGAUUUCCAGCUACUUAUUAUGCCUUUAUAGACCUAAUUGUUUCUUAGACUUCGUUUACAUUUUUUUUGUUCACUCCCGGUUUUGAUACAUGUGUUAUUUUAUCUAUUUCAAGAGUUAAACAAUGAAAUUUGCGGA